AACAUUCAUAAUAAUUCUAUGUGAUGCCGUGAAAACCUUGUAAAAAAGACUACAAUUUUUCAUUAUGUAGGCCUACUCCAUAUUUCAACAGCAGCGUGUUUAUGAAACAACUUGAGUGCUCUUUUAUUGGUGUUAUCAACAGUCGGUCAUAAAUUAAUGUGUGGGUGAUUUUAACUGAUCUGUCAGCAUUCCUCAUAGAUAACAUGAACGCUUCCCAUUAAAUUAAUGCUGACGGAGUGAAUUUUACUGAAGGCGUAAAUUUCUAUCUCAAAUUUGGGGUGUUGAAGAAGUUCUGUUAAAAUCGAUAAACCGCACAAGAUUGACACAUCAAGCCUAUUUUGUUUUUAUAGUUUUGGAGAUAAUUUUAUAGUUUUAAGACAUCGUAGACUGUUCAAUGAAACAUAAAUCAUCCAAAAAUACACACCUAUCUGUCAAAUAAGUAUUGAAAAAAUAAUAUAUCAACACACACAGUUGAGUAUUUUAUAGUUUUAUUUAGUGAGUGUAGUGUGACAAAUAUCAGAGUAUCGUGUUGUGGUUGAAAAUUGGUUCAUGUGAAAGUGUCAGUGUUGAUGAUUGAGUGGUGCAAUUAACACGCUUCAUUCUUUAUUAACCGAUGCUAAUCGACGCUGCUGUCCAACAUCAAAUGGGUGAUGUAGCCAAGAGACAUAAGCACAGUGCGAAGGAGUUAUGGCGGAAAGCGGUAACCAAGGCAACGGAGAGCCACCAGCCGGUGCACCUGCGGCUGCCCGAUCACCAUUCCGAGUGGGAACCGGAGCUCUGUAUCCAACUGCUCAAGAUUCCUGCCGCUCAGAACUAUUCUGCGAUUAGACGGAUUCUGGACAAGGCACCAACGAAAUGGGUGCUGGAGUUCUUGGAACGCGACGGCUUCGGAGCCCUACUGAACAGUCUGCUGAGCAUCGGAAAUCGCGGCUACUAUUCGCUGGCCGACACCUAUUCGCAGCUACAAUGUGUGCUGUGCCUCAGGGCAGUUAUGAACUCACCCGCCGGUCUGCAGUACAUUGUCAAACGCAGGCACUACAUCAGGAAACUGGGUGGCAAAAAUAGAACCUUUGCCUUGCCCUCCUCCUUGAAAGAACCUGGAAUCCUUACCCUUGAAAAGCCCUGUAUUUCUUCUGAUGCACCUGAUAUACUUCAAAAUGUGACUGUCACUGAGUUUGAUGAUCUGUUACAGUAUUUUUGUCAAGUUCUUCAAACACAGGAUAAAGUUGUUAAAUUGCAAGUUUUUGAACUGCUAUGCACGCUUUCAAUGUAUUCCACCGAGGGUCAUGCUCUGGUAUUGGACGCUCUUAACUAUUUCAAGACAUGUCAUGGACGAAAAUACAGAUUGGACUUGGUGGUGUCAGAGCUGAAAACUGCCGAUAAUAUUGCCUACAAAACUACAUUGGUGGCCUUCAUUAACUGUCUCCUGUUUGGCUAUCCAGAUCUCACGCAACGAUCCCUCCUACGCUGCGAAUUCUAUAGUGUUGGUUUGAAGAAAGUUUUGGAAGAUUUGAGCAAAAAUAAAGAUGAGGAGCUGCAACUUCAGCUUGCUGUGUUUGAAGAACAGAAACAAAAGGAUGAGAAUGAAGUUGAACCUGUCUUACUUGAGAAAGUCUCGGAUAUAUUGCUCAAGAAGAUUGUUGAUACUCCAGAGUCUCUUGCCCUGCGAUUGGUCCUUCUGAAAAUAUCACAAUCAGAACCAUCCCAUCCUGACUCGGAACACAUCCGUGACAUACUAGAGAACGUAACUUCCCAAACUCCAAGUGGAACUAGCAGCGAUUCGAACUGUUUGGACAGUGUGGUCGACACCAGCAGUCACAAAUCCUCAACAACAGUGCGGCCAAGAAGACAAACAAGGGAGACAUCAGUCCAAACAACCCUUAACAGCGAAAGUAAAAGCAGACUGAUCAGUAAGAGCAGACUCAGUUUGCGACGUACCACCUCAUCAACGCAGGUUGAGUUGAAGAACCCCCCUCGAACAGAUCCUCAGAAAAUAUCCUCACGAAGAUCGCAGACCUCGUUGGAUCGUGUGAGAAAACCAGAGCCUGUGAAACCUGUCUUGAACUCAAACUCAAAUUCGAGUUCAAACUCGAAGCCGAGUUCAACCCCCAGGAGGAUGGGCUCCAGUUUGACGAGGUUGUCAGGCAGGAAUGGUCUCUCGACUGUUGCUGAACAAACCAACGCCCUGAGAGUGAAGAGGAUCUUCGUUGAGAGUUCAACUCAAACUAGCAAUGUGGAGAGUACGUCGAUGGGUGUUCAGGUGAACUACAGGUGUUCCAGAACUGUAAUGGAUUCGUCUACACAGACAAACAUUGUUGAGAACUUUGUUUGUCGUUGUUUCGCCUCGAAAAAUAAUGAGGAACUGUUGGGGGUGAAUGUUGGGAGUCAAGAUAAAAAUGUUCAAAAUUCCGCUUCAGUUAUACCUCCGCCCCCACCUCUACCUCAAUCAUUGUCAUCACAUUCCCGUAAAAGCUGUUACGAAUCAAAUUCCAACAGUACUAUGACUUCCAUACAACAUAGUUUUUCUCCUCCACCUCCUCCUCCACCCCUUCCUUCAUCCACCCCUCUCCCUCCACCACCACCACCACUUCCUACUUCUCCACCAUCUUCCUCACUUCCCCCUCCACCACCACCCCUACCGGUGGCUAUUAACAAAUGUGAACCAUUCAUAGACGCCGAGAGGAAUAGCCAGAAAAUCGCCGCAAAUUCAAAGUUGGCGCCAAACAAAAAUGGCGGCGGACCGGCACCCCCUCCACCCCCUCCACCGAUGUCGGGGUACUCGACGCUGCCCAAUAGGAAGCCCUCCACUACCGGCUGUGUCGAUUUCCUGCUGAAAAAGUACAACACUCUGCCCAAAUCGAAUAUCAAGAUGCGAACGUUGAACUGGGCGAAAAUUCCCAAGCAAACUAUUGAGAAAUCAGUGUGGUCAAGCGUAGAAUCGGACAUGCCUGUGCUGUCAGUCGACUUCAAGAAAAUGGAAGAACUGUUCUGCCAGGCGCCUCCCCCCAAGAAAUCGUCGGCGGCAAUCGUCAAGAAGCCGCAAUCGCCCACAAUCAACAAUCGCCAAUCAUCGACGUCAAUCGUUAAUCUGCUGGACGACAAGCGCAGUUUUGCCGUCAACAUUUUCCUCAGACAGGUGAAGCCAAACGUCGAUUCGCUGAUUGAGGCGAUCAGAAGCGGGUCUGGAGUACAGACUGAGAAUUUGAGGGCUCUGAAACGAUUACUGCCCGAGAAACAGGAGCUAGCUGACAUAAAAGCACACGCCAAAGACGACAACCUGGGAGAGGCUGAACAGUUUUUCCUGCGCCUGUCGGGUAUCCCCGAUUAUGAGCUGACCAUCCAAGCUAUGCUGCACAAGGAAGAAUUCGCGGAACGUUUCAGCGACGCCACAUCUCAACUGGACAACGUGCUCAGUCUAUGUGACUUUCUCAUCAACGACGCCAGUCUCAAGCAGUUCAUGACACUUGUACUGCAGCUUGGAAACUAUCUUAAUGCUGGUAGCUACGCGGGUAAUGCAGUUGGCUUCAAGCUGAGUACACUUCCCAGACUGAGCGAGACGAGAGCCAACAAGCCGCGGAUGACAUUUCUGCACUACGCAGUCGAUGUGGCCAACACUAACAACUCCAGUCUGCUCCAUUUCCGCCACAAGGCGGCCUACCUCAGAGCUAUGUCCAAAACACCAAUCCCCAGCAUUGUGGAGGAAGUGCAUACUUUUGUUGUGGCCAUCAAUGAAAUCAACAAAAAGCUCAAAGCAAGCAAACUUUCUUCUCAAUUUGGUGAAUUCUUCCAAAAUGCCAAGAACCAAGCCGAUGAACUGGUGAAGAAAGUGGAAUUGAUGAAGGACAUCACAGUGAGGCUGGCUGACCAUUACUGCGAGGACUCCACCACCUUCCAGCUGCAUGAGUGUUUUAUGCUGUUUGCCGAAUUUUUUGAAAAAGUCAACACUGUUUUCAUUGAAAACGAACACAUGAAGAGAAUGGAAGAGCGGAACGCGAGAAUAGCAUCGGAAAGAGAGAAGAGCGAUAAACGGGUAGCCGGACGAAAGGGAAUUGUGACCAAAGACGAGAUAAACAUGGUGGAUAUGCUAAUGCAGGAGAUCAAAGGCGGCAUUUUCAAACUGAGGCGGUCUCAAGGCGUUGAACAACCAUAAUUUCAAAAAUUAUCAUCGAAGAAAAAUUGAAGAUCAAGAAUAAAACAAUAAAUUAAUUUUGUACCAGUAUCGAACCAAAGUGUCCCCGUAACGCAUUGCACAAUGUAUAUAAUGACAAAAUUACAAUGAUAAGGUUAAAUUUGCGAUAACUCUAUCAUAUUGAAGUACAGCCGACUGAGAUAAUCUUCUACCAUUGCCGUAAAUUUUAUAUUGUUGAUGAUUGAGUAUUGUGUGCACACUUUUUGUGUGAAUCUAUUUUUGUUUGCUAAAAAUGUUAGUUGUAAGUUUAUUAACAUAGACUGUCACUGUAGAACUUUAGAUUAUUAUUAUAUUUCGACUCUACGUUUAAAAUUUGAUUAUUUAUAUUAUAUAGUGUUGCGCCAUAUUGGGUGAUAAUAAAUCAUUUAUAAAUUUGGAAACGA